GUCCGACGAAUGUUGACUAUUAGUCAACAUGCAAUUAUUAACUGCGGUUUUCGCGCUAAUCUGCGUUUCAAGUGUAACAGCUUGCCCUGAAUUUUCGGAAUAUGUCUGCGGAACGAAAUGUCCGAAAUCGUGUGAUAAUUUGCAUAUAAUGAUCAGGUGUGUCAGUGGAUGCGAUUAUGGAUGUUUCUGCAAGGAAGGUUAUGUUUUUGAGAAAAAGGGAUCCGAUAAAUGCGUACCCAAAGAAUCCUGCUAUUCGUAUUGUGACCGUGAAAAGCACGAAACUUACUACGAUACAGUCCUGUGCGAAUGCUCCGAUCAGAAAGACGUUAAAACAUGCGCCAAGUGCGUUCCUGGUUGUUUCUGUAUCCAUGGUUACAAACGUAAUGACCAAGGUGUUUGCAUUCCACAAGAAUAGGUUGUCAUAACAAAGCAUUUGUUUACAAUAAAUUGUUUAUAUCGAAA